AUGGAGGGGGCAUUGGAGCAUCGUUUAGAAAUUGCAAUGAAGAACCCCUCCAUUGCAGGAGUCCUGUACACCAAUUCCCGGGGCCUAAACCUGGACUAUCGUGGUACCCUCUCAGAUGAACAUGCAGGUGUGAUAUCUGUUCUGUCCCAGCAAACAGCCAAGUUGAUGUCUGAUCCAACAGAAAUUCCUGUAGUGUGCCUUGAGUCAGAUACUGGCAAUACCAUGAUCCAGAAGCAUGAUGGCAUCACAGUGGCAGUUCACAAAAUGGCAUCUUAA